AUGCUCAGGUCUUUCAUCUCCAAAUGUUUUCUCUACGGCACCGCAUUUCACUUGUGGAGCACGUUCGUGCUGGUACGAUUCGACGAUGAUACCGACGAUCAAAAUACACCAGCUGUAACCAACCCUGGGGAAACUGCUUCGCAUGACCCUCGGGAAAACACUGUAACUACUGGGAAAAAGGACAAGGAUGCGAUAUUCAUACCACUUUCCUGGUCUCGGUUGCAAAAGGGCGAACUGUACGCUACAACGGAUCCGGAAUGGCAGGCUUUCGUCAAGUUGUCCAAGGACAAAGAAAAACUUCAAGCACUCAGAGGUGAGCAAUAA